AUGACCCCUACCACAGACCCCUGCCCCCUACCACAGACCCCUGGCCCCCACCACAGACCCCUGACCCUCACAACAGAUCCCCUGACCCCCUGGCCCCUACCACAGACCCCUGACCCUCACAACACAUCCCCUGGCCCCCACCACAGACCCCCUGGCCUCCACCACAGACUCCUGAACCCCACCAUAGACCCCCUGACCCCACCACAGACCCCCUGGCCCCCACCACAGACCCCUGACCCUCACCACAGACCCCCUGGCCCCCACCACAGACCCCUGACCCUCACAACAGAUCCCCUGACCCCCACCACAGACACCCUGACCCCCAUCAAAACCCCCUGGCCCCCACCACAGACCCCUGACCCUCACAACAAACCCCCUGGCCCCCACCACAGACUCCUGACCAACACCAUAGACCCCCUGACCCCACCACAGACCCCCUGGCCCCCACCACAGACCCCCGACCCUCACAACAGAUCCCCUGGUCCCCACCACAGACCCCUGACCCUCACAACAGAUCCCCUGACCCCCACCACAGACCCCCUUGCCCCUACCAUAGACCCCCUGGCUCCAACCACAGACCCCCUGACCCUCACAACACAUCCCCUGGCCCCCACCACAGACCCCCUGACCCCUGACCCUCACAACAGAUCCCCUGACCCCCACCACAGACCCCCUGGCCCCUACCACAGACCCCCUGGCCCCUACCACAGACCCCCUGACCCUCACAACACAUCCCCUGGCCCCCACCACAGACCCCCUGGCCCCCACCACAGACUCCUGACCCCCACCAUAGACCCCCUGACCCCACCACAGACCCCCUGCCCCCACCACAGACCCCUGACCCUCACCACAGACCCCCUGACCCCUUACACUCACAACAGAUCCCCUGACCCCUACCACAGACACCUGACCCCACCACAGACCCCUGACCCCUACCACAGACCCCCUGACCCCCACCAUAGACCCCCUGACCCCUACCACAGACCCCCUGACCCCCACCACAGACCCCUGACCCUCACAACAGAUCCCCUGACCCCUACCACAGACCCCUGGCCCCUACCACAGACCCCUGGCCCCCACCACAGACCCCUGACCCUCACAACAGAUCCCCUGGCCCCCACCACAGACCCCUGGCCCCCACCACAGACCCCUUACCCUCACAACAGAUCCCCUAACCCGCACCACAGACCCCUGACCCCCACCAUAGACCCCCUGACCCCCUGGCCCCCACCACAGACCCCUGACCCUCACAACAGAUCCCCUGUCCCUCAACACAGACCCCUGACCCCCACCACAGACCCCCUGAACCCCUGGCCCCCACCACAGACCACUGACCCUCACAACAGAUCCCCUGACCCCUACCACAGAACCCUGGCCCCUACCACAGACCCCUGGCCCCCACCAGAGACCCCUGACCCUCACAACAGAUCCCCUGACCCCCACCACAGACCUCUGACCCCCACCAUAGACCCCCUGACCCCCACCACAGACCCCCUGACCCCUGACCCCUACCACAGACCCCCUGACCCCCACCAUAGACCCCCUGACCCCUACCACAGACCCCCUGACCCCCACCACAGACCCCUGACCCUCACAACAGAUCCCCUGACCCCCACCACAGACACCCUGGCCCCCACCACAGACCCCCUGACCCCACCACAUACCCCCGACCCUCACAACAGAUCUUCUACCCCUGACCCUCACAACAGAUCCCCUGACCCCUACCACAGACCCCUGGCCCCUACCACAGACCCCUGGCCCCCACCACAGACCCCUGACCCUCACAACAGAUCCCCUGGCCCCCACCACAGGCCCCUGACCCCCACCACAGACACCCUGACCCCCAUCACAGAACCCCUGAACCCCUGGCCCCCACCACAGACCACUGACCCUCACAACAGAUCCCCUGACCCCUACCACAGACCCCUGGCCCCUACCACAGACCCCUGGCCCCCACCACAGACCCCUGACCCUCACAACAGAUCCCCUGACCCCCACCACAGACCCCUGACCCCCACCAUAGACCCCCUGACCCACACCACAGACCCCCUGGCCCCCACCACAGACCCCUGA